CCUUGUCUCAGCCUCUGGUUUUUACCGGGGGGUAAGCGGGCUGCAUAUAAGGCCUGAAAGCGCAGAAUCUAACCACAUCUCCGCUUCUCCGUCAAUUGUGUACUCUGCUAGCAUGAUCGUGCUACUACCUAAACAAUGGAUUCGAACCUGGCACUUGAUUUACCGGUCGGUGCUGUCAUUGUGGAGUCGAUGCCUCAGCAAUUAGGGGUCCAUCAUUCAAUCGAUGACUGGACUGGCGUAACAUGCACCUUGGAGAGACGGAGGCGGCAGAACCGACUGAAUCAGAGAACCCGUCGAAAGAAUAAACGCGUUUUCCCCAAUCCCCCGCCAAUAUUAGGGGACUACCUUACUCAUACCGCGGCAGAAGCUACAGACGAUGACAGCUCCUUAGUACGACAAACACAAGAAGACGAGGAGAGCGAUACGAGAGUAAAUAUGGUCCUACUGAAAGGUUAUCUCCUCCUGCCUACUUCUGAAAAGCGUACAGAAUUUCAGCGAUUUAUGCAAAAAGCGUAUGAGGAUUACCACCAUGGCGCGCCAAAACUCGAACACCUCCAAUUAUUAGUGAGGCUUAACGUUCUGGGUGCAAUCGCCCACAACGCGGUGCUACUUCAAUUCAGAUUCAAGGGGCUUUGCCGUCCCGAUCUCGUAUCACCGUUAAACCUUCAGGGUACGGAUAUCCCUGCGAUGUCGUUACUGUCUCAGCCUUGUCCUAAUGGGCUUCGGCCCACCACGCUACAAGUCACAGUGAUGCACCACCCAUGGAUCGACCUAAUUCCCAGUCCCCAAUUUCGGGAAAAUGUAUUGCGCGCCAUGACGGCUGGCCUCCUUGAAAGUAAGGAGUUGGGCCUCGACCUCCUCAACGUGGAUAACAUCUUGAGUGAUUCGCCUUCCUUUAUCAUUUGGGGCGAGUCAUGGGACCUUCGAGGAUGGGAGGCAAGCCUGUCAUUCUGGAGGAAGUGGGGCUGGCUAAUGGAGGGCUGUCCUGUGCUGUUGGAGGCUACCAAUUUCUGGCGUCAAAAGAGGGGCGAGGCGAAAAUAAGUUUUUAAAUGGGUGUUCUUUCUUUGUCUCUUUUUCUCUUUAUUGGAUAAACAUAGGGACAGAGGAUAUGUUCCGGAACGAGACUUUUUAACAAUUAACAGUAGAUUUUUUUUAAAAAAAUCUAAAACAAAAAAAAACCCUCCUCCCGUUCUUGCUUUUGUUCAUGUUUUGAGAGAUUGGGAGAUAGCUGGUCAGUGUUCUGCAUUGGCAAAGUGGGGCGCUACGGAUUCGGGCUGUUGGCCAAGCCCCGCUAUCCGGGCAUAGCUGCUGACAUAAGAGCGGCUGAUUACCGUGUAAGAUAAAAUCAAUCAAUCAAUCAACCAACUCCCG